CAAGAAACAGCGUAGCGCAAUAUGCAACUUUUUAAGUUACAUUCCAAGACUACCAAAGUAUGUGGUGAAUCUCGAAUUGGAAAACAAUGUUCUAUCUCAUAUAAACAUGGAAACAUUUCGAAAUGUUUCGAACAAUAACUUAACUAGGUUGGUGUUCACGAACAACUCAAUAGAAGACUUGACUGCAGAUACAUUUCAAGAAUUGAAUUAUCUCGGAUAUUUAGAAAUGUCACAGGAAAGAAAAUUAAAUAUUUCGACCCUGAAAAUGUCAUUCCGAAGUUUAAACAAACGUCGAAUGAACAAUAUAAUUUUUAAAAACAAUGCAUGGAACAGAUUUCCAAUUGACUUCUUUUCUGAUUUUAGAAACUUCACUAUAAAAAGAAUGUCGUAGUAUGGAAAUUAAUUCAGGAAUUUUAAUGGUAGUUUACUGUCGUACUUUUCCAGGAUAAAUACGCUUAACAUUGCUCGAAAUGAGAUUGUGUUCUUAAAUGCACGUGGUUUACACGCAGUUACUGAAUCAACUUUAUACGAUAAUUACAUAUUUGAGAUUCCCAAUUUUUGUGCCGAUGAUGCAGGACAGUCAUUAGUACCUAGGUUAUCUCGCCUGGAUCUGACAGAAAACCUAAUUCGUAAACUGCUUUCGACAUCUUUUAAUUGUCUAAAUAAUCUUAAACAUCUUAUUUUAGACAAAAACCGUCUACAAAUUUUAGAAAAUGACAUUUUUUCUCGUCUUACAAAUUUGAAAAUGCUUUGGAUAAGUAGAAUGUGUCAUUUGUUUGUUGUUAAAAAAAGGGCAUUUAGAUUACCCUCUUUGACAGAACUAAUAUUCAGUCAUAAUAGACUCCAUUUCAAGAGUGAAAUUUUCCAACAUCUACCGAGUCUGAAAAAAUUAGAUUUAACAAAUAAUUUUUUAUCAAAAAUUCCUGUGACAAUUAAUAGACUCUUUUAUCGAUUGUCAAAUUUGACAACACUGAAUUUACAAGGAUCCCGCAUUAAGAUAUUGCCGGAAGGAUUAUUUCAAAAGAUGCCAUUUUUAAAAAUCCUAAAUCUGAAAGAUAAUAGAAUUGUAGCCUGGAGUCGGAAUGUAUUCGAAAAUCUUACAUCAUUGAGACAUCUGUAUUUGGAUGGAAACCACAUACGAAUAAUUAAUGAAUCGUCCUUUCCUAGCCAGCUAUUACGGGCGUUGUUGAAAUUUGACAUAUCGCAUAAUGAGUUCUGGUGUACAUGUGCUCAGAGAUGGUUUGUUGAUUAUUUGCGAUCUUCGAACAUUUCUAUAAUACAAAAUGAUUGGCCUGAUUUCUAUCAGUGUGUUUACCCAGAGGAGAAGAAAGGUCUUCUUCUCGUAGAUUAUAAACCGACAAACGCCGAAUGCUCAAAAUGGAGUCAUGUUUUUACGAUAGUCAUUGUUACUGUUUCGUCAGUUUUUAUUGUAACUGUAGUGUUGAUGCUGAUUAUUAACUGUAAUUCAAACAUUCGGAAUCUUGUGUAUCUUCUUCGUGUCAACGCAUGGAAGAGAAAAGGCUACGUCAUGUUUAGUUCUUCCGAAGACUGUGAAUACGAUGCUUUUGUCAUAUACUGUGAUUCCGAUCGACAAUGGGUCCAUUACGAUCUUCUUAAUCGCCUAGAAGAAAUUGGUUUGAAAGUUUGCGUACACCAACGAGAUUUUGAUAUUGGAGAAUCCAUCAUAGACAACAUUGCUAAGUAUGUCGGCAAAAGUUGGAAAAUUAUUGUUGUUAUGUCGAAUAACUUUACAAAAAGUGAAUGGUGUCAAUGGGAAGUAGACUUUGUACAAGAAAGAAGACGACGUCAUGGGAAAGAGGCACUUAUUCUUAUAAUGCACAGUCAAAUAGAUUCAAGUCACAUGACAACUAUUAUCAGGUCUUUACUUGACACAACACCACAUCUGAAAUAUCAAAAGAGAUUAGGCGAAGAUCUGUUUUGGUCUGCUAUCAUGAAAGCUGUCAAAAAAACCAUUGAAGCAUCCUCCUGUAUCCGUUCUGUAGAAUCAUAA